GUGCGUCGAACCUGCCCACAACGACAACAACCGCCGACAACAUACAUCCCCAGGGAGUAUCCUAGAGCAGUGCUCUUCCUUUCGCUGGAUAUUUUCCUUUUGAACCGGUGACAGGAUGUCCUCUAUCGAUCCAGUGGUCGUCAUCGACGGCAAGGGACACCUCCUUGGUCGCCUGGCCAGCACUGUUGCGAAGCAGCUGCUUAACGGCCAGAAGAUCGUCGUCGUGAGAUGUGAAGCCCUUAACAUCUCUGGCGAGUUCUUCCGUGCGAAGCUCAAGUACCACGCCUACCUCCGCAAGAUCACCCGUUACAACCCUACCCGCGGUGGUCCCUUCCACUUCCGCGCUCCUUCUCGCAUCUUCUACAAGGCCGUCCGCGGAAUGAUCCCUCACAAGACCGCCCGCGGUGCUGCUGCUCUUGAGAGGCUCAAGGUCUUCGAGGGUGUCCCUCCCCCUUACGACAAGAAGAAGCGUGUCGUCGUUCCUCAGGCUCUUCGCGUCCUCCGUCUUCGCCCCGGCCGCAAGUACUGCACCGUUGGCAGACUCAGCCACGAGGUUGGCUGGAAGUACCAGGACGUUGUUGCCAGACUUGAGGAGCGGAGAAAGGUUAAGAGCAGCGCCUACUACGAGCGCAAGAAGGCUGCCCGCCGCCAACUUGCUCACGCGCAGAAGUCGGCGAGCGUUCCCGAGAACACCAAGAGCCAGCUCGCUGAGUACGGAUUCUAGAUUAUACCUGGUUGCGCGGCUGGUUGCUUGUGUCUUUGAUGGGGUGGGUUGGGAUCGCGAGCGGUUUUUACUUUCAGCGAAGUUUGGAAGGGAGGCUGAUCGGCGACCUUUCUUCUCAGUUCCUACCUUGUCAUGGGAUCCAGCAGCGUUUCAUGCUAGGAUGCACAUGUGAGGCGGGAGAGACCGGUGUCGUCUUUAAAACAAAAGUACAAUACAGGAGUCAUAUGGGAUGAAAAGGUUGUUCAAAAUAGCUGACCCAUUAUUUCGCGCCGUGGCGGUUUAAUCCAAGAAAUUUUCAAGAGUUCAUGACCUGCAAUUCAUCUAUACACGUUAAAUUAUAUCUCAUGUUUUCCCUCUGCGC